GCUGCCUGCACGCCCGCCACGAAGCUCCCCACCAACUUCACCCACAGCUACAAAGGUACCAUUUCCACCAAAGCACCUUCUCGAAACCCACCCUAGCACUCAUCAUCCUCUCACUUUCCUAGACAUCUGCCACCAUGGAUCACGACACUUUAACAGCCCAGUUUUGCGCCGUCACUGGCCUUGGACCUCACGAUGUACGAAAUCUCUCUCGGCCUUUUCACCAUUUGGCAGCCACUAAUAUUCCUUCUGCGCGCAGGCUGAGGGUUAUCUUGAAUCCUCCAACUGGGACCUCGAGACCGCUGUCGCAACCUACUACGCAGCAGCAGAGGGCGGGGACGACGACGCUGACGCCGAAGACCCCAUGGACACCUCCGAUACUCCAGAGCCCGCUGCCGGAACUCCCGCGCAAUCCGGCGGUGGACGCACUCUUGAUGGAAGACCGGUGCCCGCCUCAGCAAGCUCGUCGUCUGCUCCAGCUGCCGCCCGCAAAGCGCCUCAGCGAGGCUUGAGGACGUUGAAAGACAUGCAGAAUCAGGGAGGAGCCCCCACUCACGGAGACGACGGAGACCAUGACAGCGAUGAGGACUAUAACGACGAUGAGCAACAGGACUUCUUCACAGGUGGCGAGAAGUCCGGUCUUGCUGUGCAGAACCCCAACGCUUCCAAUCCCCGAGACCAGAUCAACAACAUUCUGAAAAGGGCUCGACAGAACGUUCCACGCCCAGGUGGAGACGAGGAGAGACCCUCAACCCACUUCAGAGGCACAGGAGUGACCCUUGGUGGCGACGAUGCUCCUAGCCGUACCAUUCCCGACCCCACUGCAGAGCGGCCCGCCUCAGCUCCGCGAGUGCGACGCGAGCUGCACCUUUGGCAAGACGGCUUUUCCGUUGACGAUGGCCCUCUCUACCGUUACGACGACCCUGCAAAUGCCCGAACGCUAGAGCUUAUCAACUCAGGCCAUGCGCCGCUGGAGAUUCUGAACGUUGAGCGCGGCCAGGAGGUGGAUGUGGAGGUGCGUCCUCACAAGGACGAGGAUUACGUGAAGCCAAAGUCGAAGUAUAAGCCAUUCUCAGGCUCCGGACAACGUCUUGGAAGCCCUACGCCUGGAGCGGCAGCCCCAUCGUCACAUGCGCCAGCCGCCGCACCAGCCGCCGCCGCUGCAGCGAGCUCAAGCUCAGCUGCGGCACCGAAAGUCAACAUUGACGACUCGACCCCUGCCGUCACACUGCAGAUUCGUCUGGGAGACGGCACCCGCCUUCAGUCCCGGUUCAAUACGACGCACACGAUUGGCGAUGUGUACGGAUUCGUGGAUGCAGCCAGCCCUGCGAGCACACAGCGGGCGUACGCGCUCAUGACUACUUUCCCGAGCACAGAACUGGCAGACAGGAAGGUGCAGAUCGGUGAGCUGCCAGAAUUCAAGCGCGGCGGAGUGGUGGUGCAGAAGUGGAAGUAG